AUGGAACUCUUGGUCACUGAAACAAACCGCUACGCUUCGCUGUGCCUAGGUGAAGAAAGGUAUGAGUCAUGGGACCCAGUAACUGAAGAAGACAUCUUUGCCUACUUUGGCGUAAUGAUAGGAAUGGGGCUGAUCAAAUUACCAUCUAUAGCCGAUUACUGGCGUACAGAUCCCCUAUUUCACUGCAGCAUUAUAGCCGACAACAUGACCAGGGAUAGGUUCUUCCAAAUACACCGUUUUCUUCACUUUUUUGAUAACAGUUUCCUUUUAUCACCUUCUGAUCCUAGUUAUGAUUGUCUUUGUAAAGUGCGUAAAUUCCUCACUCUCAUCGAAGACCACUUCGUUUCACUGUAUAAUCCUCACUGUCAAUGUGCUGUUGAUGAGGCAAUGAUCAAGUAUAAGGGUCGUUCGUCUCUGAAGCAGUACAUGCCCAUGAAACCUGUAAAGAGAGGAAUAAAGGUAUGGGCAAGGGCUGACAGUACCAAUGGCUAUAUAUCAAGAUUCCAAGUAAAUACUGGAAAAGAAGAUUCAUCUGAAGUAGGAUUAGGAAACCGAGUGAAUAUAUUUUAUCCAUUGUAUUAA